AGCAAUGCGGUUUAUGAAUUCACCUUUCUAAACUGUAAACAAAUCGUGGAAAACCUUCCUCAACCGAGGUUGUUUUAUGUUGAUAAAUCAUAAAGGAAUAGUUAUUAUCACACUAUCGAUGCACAGCAAUGACGACUAUAUGUGUUGAAAUGGAGCAGCUAUUCAUAGCUUUAACUACGCUGUAAAGACUUCAUGAACAUUCCAAUUUAACUGUACACUUGACUGAUUCAUUCUACCUUCCGUAGAUAUCAGUAGUGAUAUAAAGAGAUGCAGUAAACAAAUAACUUCAUUUAAAUAUUAGUUUUUGGACAGUGAAAAUGGAGAUUUAUUCAGUUUUCGGAAUUGUAUUCGGACUUUGUGUGAUACAAGCGGUUCAAAGCCAGCUGGUUGCUGAAAAGGGGGAAACUGUUAUAAUCAAAUGUCCGAUUCCCGGCGUUUACACAUUCCCCGAGUGGGCGGGACCACCCCUUCUAGCCACGCCCCUGACAACUGAUGACGUAGUAAACGAGCUUGGAAUAGAAUUCACUGGGGACAGAAAUUUGAACAUCUCUUCUGCGCAUACAAAACACAGUGGAGAGUAUACGUGUAAAGUGAACGGGAGUGAAGCGACGGUUAAUCUUACUGUUAAUUGGUACACUGCCAUAGUCUCUUUUGAGAAAGUCGAAAAAGCAAUGUACAAGGAAAACUACACCGCCACGUGCAUCGUGCACGCGGGAUUUCCGGUUCCUGAUGUCUACUUCCUGUUUCCUCUCAUGGACGACAAGGGAGAUAACGUCACAAACAACUCUGAGAUCACGAAGACUGUCUCCCUUACACAAGAAAACACAGUUAUAGUGAAUACAUCUAUAACGUAUAACAUCAAAAGCAUAGUUGGAUAUAACCGCAUUACCUGCGUAGCCAACUACACGGAUGCUAACGUUACAGUCUCGUAUACAGCCUACAUCACAGUUCAAUUCCCUCCUCUUGUGCGAUCAUUAGGAAACAACAACCCGGUGGUCGGGAAACCGGGUAUUUUUAACUGCGUUACCCAAAGUUACCCCGGGUCCACUCUGCGCUGGGUAUGGGGAGACACUGACAUCAACCAGUCCGGAUAUAAUAUCUCUAUUAAUGGGACGAGCUGUCAGCAGGAAAUCCUGGACAACUACCAAGAGCAGUUCGUCUGUGUAUCUGUACUGUACAUAUACGACCUUGAAAAGGGGGCCAGGAAAAAUCUGACGUGCGAGGCCCAGUACCAGGGUCAGUCACACAACCAGUCGACGCUCGUUGAAGCCUUGUUUCCACCUACGUAUGUGUCCAUUGACGACCCUCCUCCUGUCAAAAUUGGCAGGAACGGUACCGGAACUGUUACACUGACAUGCGCAGUGGAUGAGGCGAAACCCACCAGUGACUUCCGGUGGUACCGAGACCGGGUGUACUACAUGAAAGAAUUUAUAUUGAACUCGACGUACCCCGUAGAAGAAUAUCCAGGCAACUACAGCGCCAUGAAGGUCACCCAGGAGAUUGACGUUAACGUAACCCGCGCCAUGAACGGAACGAUGAUAUUCUGCUGCGCCCGUCAGGUGCAUACACCUUUCAUGCAAACACCCUGUGAUAACGUCACGUUGGAAGUACAAUACCCACCCAUGUUUCUGGCACCGACGGAAAACCAGUUUUAUUUCGCUGUCGGCCAGCCCGCCACUGUGCAGUGUGCCGUGGACAGCCAUCCCGGGUCCAACCUCCAAUGGAGAAUGGUCAAGGCUGGAGCAGUUUACGAGAAUGUUACCGAUAUUGUACAAGGAAAUUACAACCAGCUUAACAUCAGUACAGUUUCGGUAAACAGUUCCGGGAUGUAUGCUUGUUUCGCCUGGGCACAAGAUGAGGACAUAAAUGAGGCAAUCAAUCAAACCAUCAGAGUCGACAUUACCGAGCAGACAUUCAACCCCGUAAUAUCGGUAUCAGAGAACGCUAACGGUCAUGCUGUUGUGACGUUCACUGUGGCGCAAACCGAGCCUCCGACCUUCAGACAUUUCUACAUAAUGUACAGGGGAAUGUCAACAAAUGUUUGGGUACAGAUCGAUCAGCCUAUAGCCAGCUUUAUGGAUGGUACAGAACCUUCCGUCUACACUUACACGAUGCCGAACUAUUUACUGACAGAUGGUACAAAUUACGAGUUUGCUAUUAAGUCCGUCAACAGCCGAGGACUAGAAAUUAUCUCCCGUGCGGAGGCAACAAACGGCAACUGGUUCUUCAGAGAUAAAGAUGCAUCCAAAAACAAGGCGGACACUGUUAGUACAGAAGAAUAUCGCAACGCCAUCAUCAUCUCCGUAUUUGUUACCGCAGGGUGUUUUCUUAUCAUCAUCAUAAUCUUGGUCUGUGCCGUCAAACGUGGACUUUGCGAGGGAUCGAGCAGUUCAAAAUCAUAUGCUAUGUAAAAGCACAUGGAGCUUCAAGCAAAGGAAUGGAUAAUCCAAAUAGUUCGCGCAGUGUAAUUACAAAUGAGAGAAAAAAACAGACCAUUGAAAGAAAUGUUAUUUAUUCGGACUGAAAUCCUAACACAUGACUUAUAAGCAAACACUUUUAGCAUAACGUUGUUGAGAAUGUUAUUUAUUUAUUUAGUUUGCUUUAUGUAUGUCUUAGUGCGUGCGUGCAUGCGUGUGUGUUAACAAAACGAAUAUUUGUUGCAUAAAAAAGUUAUGUACCAGAAAGUCUUGAGGUUAUGCAAAAUACAUAACCGUUUGUCCGGUUAGCGCAGUGGUUAGCGCACUCGCUUCUCACUAAGGCGACCCGGGUUCGAUACCCGGCCUGGGCUUAUGUGAGUUUGGUUAGUGGUCACCAAGCCAGACAAGUGGGUUUUCGCCGGGUACUCCGGUUUCCCCCACAACACAAGACCAUACUCUCGCGCAACAUCGUGCCAACUAGAGUGACUAAGUAUAAGCUAUAAUAGCUUUCUUCAGAAUCAUUGCAAAAUAUAUAAUUUUUAAACUAAGAUACAUAGCAUAAAAUGGCGGCAUUGUCUUUAUAUUGGGAGUUACGGGCAUUAUAAACACGUUUUAAGUUGUGUCACGUGAUAAAAUAUGUUGCCACAGUCUUUCAGACUUAUGCGUUUAAGGUGUGUAUCUAUUUGCUAUGAUGUUGUAAAUAAAGAAAUGAAAUUCUU